ACUAUUUUUGGCGAAUCACAAUCAGUUGACUCUUGGGUCCAAAGUUCAGCCUCUUCAACCAGGCACUUUAUGAAAGGAAAGAAACAGCAAAAGUUUUAAAAUGGCUGUCGUUCUGAGAACAACCCUGGUGAGGCACUUAACCAAGAAAACACUUUUUGCACAAAGAUGGGUACCUCAGGCGCGAACAGCAGCAGCAGCAGCAAUAGCAAGUACAGGCAGCUAUGAAUCUGUAUUGACAUCCCAUUCAAAAAUUUUAGACAAAAAAAUGAUGUCAACCAAGGCAGUCCUUGAUCCUGCAAAGCUUCGUGACACUUGGGAAAAGCCAUCAUUUGACAUAGACAAAAUGACUUCCCUCUUGGACCACGACAACCACGAUAUGAGGAAGAAAUUCCGCGAGUACCUUUGCAAUGAUCCAGAUAUCAUCCCAAGGUACAAUAUUCCCUUGCACGAAGAAAGAGAACAAGCCCUGAAGAAGCUGAAGAGGAUUUGUGAUCUAGGCUUUAUUUCAGUGCUGGACUUUGUAAACAACCCCUUGCGUAUCUUUGCAGCACAUGAACUUGCUUCCAUUAUCGAUCCUGCCACUACCACCAAGAUGACAGUUCAGUUCAAUCUGUUUGGAGGCACAGUCCUGAAAUUGGGAACAGAAAGACAUCAUGAAAAACUUGUUAAAGGUAUUGACACACUGGAUGAUGUUGGAUGCUUUGGACUGACAGAACUUGGCUAUGGCAACAAUGCUGUGGAGAUGGAAACCACUGCCACAUAUGACAAGAGCACUCAAGAAUUCAUCAUCAACACCCCAACACCUCUAGCUCAGAAGUACUGGAUCACCAAUGGCGCUGUUCAUGCCAAGCACUGCGUGGUGUUUGCGCAAUUGAUAGUGGAAGGUGUGAACCAUGGGAUACACGGCAUCUUGGUGGACAUCCGUGACAAAAAUUUAAACACUAUGCCCAACGUAUUGGUAGAGGACAUGGGGUACAAGAUGGGGCUGAAUGGAGUGGACAAUGCCAAGCUGACUUUCAAUAAUGUGCGAGUCCCCAGGGUAAAUCUGCUGAACAAGUAUUCUGAUGUGAGUGAGGUUGGUACUUUUACAACCUCCAUCAAGAGUAACAGGGCCAGGUUCCUGACUGUGGCAGACCAGCUGUUGUCAGGACGUAUCUGUAUUGCUAGCAUGAGUGAGGGGGCAGCCAAGGCUGCCUUAGCCAUAGCACUCCGCUAUGCUGCCUCUCGACUGGCAGUGGGACCCAAGGGGAAAUCUGAUACUUCAAUCCUACAAUAUCAACUCCAGCAAAAAGCACUUCUUCCUCUGCUGGCUCGCACCUAUGCCAUCAACUUUGGAUUGGACUAUGUGAAAGAUCGCUGGGCAUUCCAAAACCCAGAUGGCUCAGAGCAUGCAGAUGUGGUCAUUAUGUGCUGUGCAAUUAAACCACUGGCAUCUUGGAACCUGGAAGAAGUGGUAUCUGUAAGCAGGGAGCGUUGUGGUGGUCAAGGGUAUUUGUCGUGCAAUCGUUUUGGCACUUUCCUAGGCCUGGCCCACGCUGCCAUGACAGCAGAAGGGGACAACAGCGUGCUGAUGCAGAAGGUUGCCAAAGAAGCAUUGGCCAAGUUUAAACCAGCUAAAUUGUCUCCACCAGGCUCAGAAGACCUCUCCAAUACUGAUUACUUGCACUACUUAAUGCAGAAGAGAGAAAAUACAAUGUUCAUGACUCUAGGAUUGAAAAUGCAGCAAGCUGGAAAAGAGGGCAUAUUUGAUUCCUGGAUGUAUGACUGCAGUGACCUGAUCCAAGGAGCAGCUCGGGCUUAUGGAGAGCGCCUCAUCAGUGAAAGAUUUGCUGCAACCAUCAACGAGUCUGAUUCCUCCCUCAAACCUGUCCUCUCCAAGCUCUAUCACCUCUACCUAAUAGACAUAGUAGAGAGGAACCUUGGGUGGUUUAUAACAUCUGACACACUCCCUGUAGCCAUGGCCAAGGAAGUGAAUGCGGUCUCAGCAGACCUGUGCAAGCAGCUUUCCCCACAGUCCCUAGCCUUGUGUGAUGCCUUUGCCAUUCCAGAUCCCAUGCUGUCUGCACCUAUUGCUUUGGACUGGGUCAAAUACAAUGAGGUGGACAAUCAAGGGGAGGUGGUUUGAGGAUAAAUAAUAAGAUGCUUAAAGCAGAUAUAAGAAAAGGCAUGACUAAUAGAUGGUCCAGUUUGAUGAAUGGUUCUGUAGAGAAAGACAAAGAA